CGCGGCAGCCGCCAAAUGGAAGAGGAGGUGUUGGCAGUCGGGUAGAGCCUGGGUAGCUGGGGAAAGAGCUCAUGGAGAGAAGACGCUUGGCGCUUUAAACUUCGCGAUGGCUGCCCAGUCGAGCUUGUACAAUGAGGAGAGAAACCUGCUGCGUGCUCGAGAGAGAGAGAGACGAAAUAGGGAGGCUCAGCAGGAGAAAAACAAGCUCCCUGAGAAGCCUCCCCUCUUUGCAGCACCCUAUAAGACUAAUAAAGGAGAUGACUUGUCAAACCGAAUUCAGAACAUGCUGGGCAAUUAUGAGGAGGUCAAGGAGCUCAUCGGUGCCAGAACCCAAAGGGAUUUCCUAGGGCUUCAAGAAGUUCUUCCUCUGAUCCCAGAAGAAGCACCUGGUUGCCCAUACUUCCCUGAAAAUACCAGCCAUACAUUACCAUCUUCAUUCCACCACACAACCCACCGACCACCCAUGGGACCUACGGCUGUAACUCCUCCUCCUCCUCGCCACUCAGCUCCCUACGAAAUGGCACAAUCAAGAACAAAACCAGCUCCAAGUUUGCAUGCCAAGAGUCACAGCUUAUCCAACAGUCAGAGCCAAAGUCAAGAACGCAGUUGUGCUGACAAGCAAAGUUAUGAAGGUUUUCAUCACAAGGGCAGUGACAGGCGUGCAGCUGGUGAAGGUCAUGCUAAUGAACGGGACUACUCCAUUUUCACAUUUUCUUCACUUCUGACACCUUUGCCUUCUCCACUGGAACCUCUGUCACCUCAGCGUUCCAACCAGCAUGUCAGCUCUAAGUCAGGAAACAGCAACAAAAGUCAUGAGCUGACCUACAGUCAAACAAAAUCAUUUCAGAACCUAGGGACAGGAUCAGAGAAAGAGGAAAGUCAGGACAGCUCAGGCAUUAACCCAAACAGCAUCAGUUGGCCUUCUUCUCAGACUUUUCCCUCAGCUUUGCCAUCACAAACCAAUGCGAUGCAGCAGAAACCAACUGCCUAUGUCAAACCAAUGGAUGGCCAAGAUCAGCCGCCAGAGGAAUCACCGGAUCUCAAACCUCUCCUGGAGGAAUACCAUAGAGAACCCUUUGAAAAAUCCUCAGAUUCGAAGGUGAAUGCCAGAGCCAAACUCUCCAAAUCGGAAAUCCCUUCUGAGCCCAUAAAGCAAACCUUCCCCUGUGAUGUCCACACUGUUGAUGAAAUUUUGAAGGAAAUGACCCAAUCAUGGCCACCUCUCCUGACAGAUAUUCCUCCAUCUCCUACAGCAGAGCCUUCCAAAUUUCCAUUACCAACAGAGGAAUCACAGAAUGUUGGAUCUGUAGCACAGAAUCAGAAACACUAUGAUGCACCUUCAGAUACGUUGCCUCGUCCUCAGACAACAAUAUCACUGCUCCAGGAAGACCUGCAGCUCAGUGAUAGUGAAGAGAGUGGUGACGACCAAGUUGCUGACAAUCCACCUGCUUCACUUGCUCCUCCAAGUGCCCAACAGUCCCAGCCCAAGACUGUGGCGUCAGCACAUUCCAGCAGCUCGGAGUCAGGGAGCACCAGUGACUCAGACAGCUCUUCAGACUCAGAGUCAAGCGACAGUGAAGCCAAGGAACCUUCGAGAGCAUCAUCGCCUGAGCCUGACCCACCAACUUCCAGUAAGUGGCAGCUUGACAACUGGCUAACCAAGGUGAACCCACCAGCAGUGCCAACAGAGAGUCUCCGUGAAAUUGCCCACGGGGAUAGACAUGAGAAGAGCAAGGAGCAGGGAAUCAGCAGCAAUUCCUCCCACCAGCAUGCUAAGCCAAGGGAGCCCAAUCACAAGAGCUCUGGCCAAGUGGCCAGGGCUCCUCAGGACACUCGUCUUCCAAGCAAACAGAACUGCCAGAAGUCUUCCGUGUGCGCUGAGGAAACCUCGCUCAGGCAGACACUGGGUAUCAAAAAGCUCAGCAAGGCCCUGGUGCACAAGGAGCCCGAGGGAGGCCUGAAGGUGAAGUGUGGCCCUGAUCCUUUCAAGGUCAGAGACCAGUCUUCCAGAGACAAGCCAGAAGCCAAACCAAAAGAGAAGCCAAAAUCCAGUGACAGAAAAGACCUGAAGCCAGGACUGCAACAGGACCACGAGAACGAAAAGCACAAUACCUCUCACAAGGCCACCGCCAAACCCUUCUGGGACCCCAAGCUCAGGAGAGACAUUUUGCCUGGCAGUGGCCAGGAGCAUGUUGCUUUCAAACCCCCUCCUCAAAGCCAGGGCACAACCCCCACCAGCACUAGUAGCCACAAGCCUGCUGUCGCGGCUAAAAAGGAUUCUGACAAGGAGAAACUUCCCUUGCCUCUCAAGAAGUCACUCUCGCCAGUGAAGGACUCCCCUGACCUUGUAGUGAAAAUAAAGCUCCCGUUCCUGUCAAGAGUCCCCCAGCCCCCUGGGGAAGGCAGUCAGCAGAAGACAGCAGAGGCUAAGGAAGUCCCUGGUGCAAGGAACCAGGACUUGGAGAGGAAAAUCACAGACACUCCCAACAAAUCCCUUCAGAAGAAGAAGGUGAGUGAGGAGGAGGAGAUGAAUAGGAAGAAAGUGAAAUCAGAGAAAGAGACAAAAUCAUUGAAAUCUUCAGCUAAGAAAGACUCCAAUAAAUUGAAAGCAUCAAAAUCAAAAGCUUCACCUGAAGCCCAGAAGAAAGAUCUUCUACCCCCAUCACCAGUGUCUCCUGCACAUCCUGCACCAAAGUCAACCAAGGUGGCCCAAAAGAGACCCCGAAAUGAGAGUGACCAGCCAACUGCCAUGGAUAACACUGCCAAGAAUAAGAGCAAUGACAAGGAUCCUUUGAUCUCCAAGCACCGCAAAGUGGAGAGUAAUCAAGCUGAACUGUCAAAGGAUAUCAAAGGAUCUGCCGGACAUGUCACAAAACCUUUCCCAGUGCCUUCUUUGCCAAAUGGUACGUUCAAGCCAAAGAGACCUCGACUCAAGUUUAAAAGACAUCUGAAGUAUCCAGCAGAAUACUACCUAGAAGAGGCCAGGAGGCUGAAACACAAAGCUGAUGCAAUGACUGACAAGACUGCAAAGGCCUUUCGGUACCUAGAAUCUGCCCUUUUCUUCAUUGAGUAUGGAAUUGCCUUGGAAUCAGAUGCACAGAACUCCGCUUACAGAAUAUUCCAGGAGACCAUAGAUUUCAUCAAAUUCAUCAUGACAUUGAAAUACUGUAUGAGCUCCUCAGCAUCUCCACAUGAGGAAAUCUUUGCCGUGUUAUGCAUGCGCUGCCAGUCCCUUCUGCAGAUGGCAAUGUUCCGUGACAAAAAAGAGAUUGCAGUAAAGUAUUCCAGGAUUCUGAAUGACCACUUCAAGAGAUUUUCCACAAAAGCACUUUCUCCGUUUGUUGCAAGAAGCACAGGCAUGGCUUCUCCUUUUUCUCCAAUGCCCUCUCCUGCCAGUUCUCAGCCAGGAUCAAAUGCUAGCAACUACAGUGGCAACAGCAUGUGCUCUCCAAGCACUGUCUCCUGUAAUAUCCCAGACAUCACCCAUUCCUACGUCACCAUCACUUCCUAUGUCCUCUCUGCACUUGCUAAUUGGGAACAAGCUGAUGCACUGAUCCUGAAGCAUAAGAAGUUUUUUGAAGAUCUCGACGCAGCGUCGGACGAGCUGUCACUGACCAGUAGCUUGAUCAGACUGGUCCACUACGUUAGGCAAGGUUUAUGCUGGCUGAGACUGGAAACAAAAAUGCCUUAACUGGUGCUCAAGUUAGUUAGUUAAGUACCUGGAACUUCUUCUUCUUCUUAAGUACCUGAAAUUUCUUCUUAAGUACCUGAAAUUUCUUCUUAAGUACCUGGAACUUUUUCUUCUUCUUAAGUACCUGGAACUUCUUCUUCUUCUUAAGUACCUGGAACUUCUUCUUAAGUACCUGGAACUUCUUCUUAAGUACCUGGAACAACUUCUUAAGUACCUGGAACAACUUCUUAAGUACCUGGAACAACUUCUUCUUCUAAAGUACCUGGAACAAUAACUACUUCUUAAGUACCUGGAACAACAACUUCUUCUUAAGU